AAUAUAUCCUUUUUAGGCUAAUUAAAGAAAAGAAUGGAAUCUAUUAAGAUGAGCCCUGAAGAAACCAUUACUGUUGUUGAUAAGUACAGAGUUUUCUUGAAUUUGAAGGAUCCUACCAUUCAGUGGAGGAAUGGAAAGCCCCCAACUUAUGAAAGUCUUAACAAGUUCUUUGAGGAUGGAAGAACCAAGGAGUGGCCAAAAGGAUCUCUUGAAGAAACAGUGCAAAAUAUUAUAAAAUCAUCGCAAAUGGAGUUCGCUCACAAGACUAGAUUACAGGAUUUCGAGACCAUAAACCCUCAGAAAUUCAACUUUUUUGUCAAUGGUAGGGAGGGGCUAUCAGGUGAAGAAACAAUGGAACUUGGAGUCUUCAAUGCAUUGCUGAAGAAUUCCUUACCAGAGAAGUUUCAUUAUUUCAAAGUAGAGGAAGAGACAUUUGAAUCAACCCGUAAUGACUUCAAGACUUGUUUUCCAAGAGGAUUUGCAUUCGAAGUUAUGGAGGUUUAUUCACCUCCUCCUUUGAUUGCUUACAAAUUUAGGCAUUGGGGUUUCUUUGAAGGUCCUUACAAAACCCAUUCUCCAACUGGUCAAUUGGUUCAAUUCUAUGGCUUGGGAAUUCUCAAGGUAAAUUUAUCAAUGAAGAUUGAAGAAGUUCAUAUCUAUUAUGAUCCAACGGAGCUACUUGGAGGUCUUCUGAAAGGCAAAAACACUGCCUCGGAAUCCAAAACUCAACACAACAAUGACAAAGAUUUGGCUACUUCAGUUGGCUGUCCAUUCUCCAAGGCUCAAUAAUUAGUUUUCAUAAUAAUAAUAAUAAUAAUAAUAAUAAUAAAAGAAAGUCUAAAAUAUGCGAUAUGUAAUUGUAGCCUUCAAUAAAUUAUCUAUGUAUCCAAUAAAAAAAGUCCUCAACAUACAAUUCCCUAAAGAGAAAAGACCAGACUUUUUCUUUUAGGCCUCAAGGAGUUAUAUCCACGAUAAUAAUAAAGAAUUAUAUUUAUAUA